AUGUUAGCGCCGGGAAACUCCUGCGUCUGGAACUUGACACCGGCGCCACGUGGUGUGUGGGCUGGCACCAGUGUCUAUCCAGCUUUGCCCAGGAUGGAGGCAACGGAGAUCCUGGAGUCAUCAUCGUCUGUCAUGCAGGCGUUCUUUGCCAACCAGAGCUGUGACCCCUUCACCCCACGGUCGACUCCGUGCGAGCUGGGCAACUAUGUGAGCUACUCUGUCAAAGCCACUGGCGCUGCCGAUAUUCAGGCCGCCGUGAACUUUGCGAGGACAAACAAGGUCCGCCUUGUCGUGCGCAACACGGGUCAUGACAUCGACUUCAUCCCCUGGUCCGAUGCCUAUUUCACCGGCACGGCCAUGAAGAUUGGCGCCGGCGUCAUGGGCUACCAGGCCGCGCAGGCUGCCGAUGCCGCCGGUGUGGUGGCUGUGACGGGCGAGUGUCCCACUGUCGGCCUCGCCGGCUUCACCAUGGGCGCCGGGCACUCGUCGCUGAGCUCGAGCUUCGGCCUGGGCGCCGACCAAGUGCUCUCUUACGAGGUGGUGACAGCCAACGGGCGUCUCGUAACCGCAUCACCAACCGAGAACAGCGAUCUCUUCUGGGCCCUCUCGGGCGGCGGACCCGGCACCUUCGGCGUCGUCGUCAGCGUGACGGUCAAGACACACCCGCAGGCCAAGAUCGGCGGUGCCAGCAUUCAGCUAGCAGCCGCCUACACAACCCAAGACAAGUUCGACCAGGCCCUAGCGGCCAUGCACGCGCUGCUGCCCGGCAUGACCGACCUGGGCGCCCACGUCAUCUACACGGCCACCAACCAGGUGCUCCAACUAAACCCAGUCACCGUCUACGACAGCACGGGCGAAUACCUCAACACGACCGUCCUCGCCCCCUUCACCACCAAGCUCACCGAGCUGGGCAUCCCCUUCCAAGCCAAAUACACAACCCUCUCCUUCCUCUCGCACUACGACACCUACAUGGGGCCCCUCCCCAACGGCAACAUGGCCGUCGAAGCCUACCAGUUCGGCUCGCGGCUCAUCCCACGCGCCAUCCUCUCAGACGCCACCACCAACGCCGCCUUACAAACCACGCUCCAGAACCUCACCUCCCACGGCGUGAUCCUCGCCGGCAGCGCAGCCUCCUACCGCGCGCCCCCCGGCACCGCCCCCAACGCGGUGCUGCCGCAGUGGCGCGCCGCCGCCGUGCAGCUGCAGCUCAUCACGCGGUGGGACUCGUCGCCGGAGGCGUGGCCGGCUAUGUUGGCUGACCAGGAACGCAUUACGCGGGAGAUUGUGCCGCAGGUGGAGGCGGUGACGCCGGGCGGGGGGACGUAUGUGAAUGAGGCGGAUUUUCGGCAGCCGGGGUGGCAGGAGGCGUUUUUUGGGGGGAAUUAUGAGCGGUUGGUGGGGAUUAAGAAGAAGUGGGAUUCGAGUGGGUUGUUUUAUGCGCUGAGGGGGGUUGGGAGUGAGGCGUGGACGGUGGCGGGGGAUGGGAGGAUGUGCCGUGCUUGA